AUGACUAUUGGUCAGAUGUUUACCAAGCUUGAUGAUCUCAAACCCUUCAAGUCGACCUGGAGGGUGCGUGUCAAAGUCCUACACAGCUGGAGACAAUACGUUGGCCAGGCCGGUGAGACGAUGGAGUUUGUCUUGGCUGAUGAACAUGGUGGAAAAAUACAUGCUGCAGCGAAGAAGAAGGACAUAGGCAGGAUCUCCAAGGAUUUGAAAGUUGGCGAAUGGAGAGUCCUUGACAAUUUCCAGGUUGCUCAUGCAACGGGUCAGUUCCGUCCUACAAACAGCAAAUGGAAGAUGACGAUGACAUUGAACACGAAAGUAAGCACCUGCUCGGUUAAAAACGACAGCCAGUUUCUUGAACUGAUUCCUAUUCGGACUAUUUCGAUGGUGGUCUGA